GAUAGAGAGUAGUGAAGUCUAUUGAUUCAUCAUAAUAGUCAAACUGUGUCGGAUGUGUAAAAAAAUCUCGAGGGAACCAAAACAAAACCAGAAUCUCGGAAGAAGGUCCAGGAAAUCCAGGAAAACUAGAAAGAUGACAGAAACUCAAGAAAAAGAAGCCCAAGAGAAAGACAGCACUAUCUCCUCGAGGCUGGGUAUGUGUUCCGUGUGUGCCCAGACAGCAGCGAAAUACACGUGCCCAAGGUGUGGCGUCAAGACGUGUUCUCUGCCGUGCGUGAAGAGCCAUAAAAAGGAUGCUGGAGGAUGCUCUGGGGUCAGGGAUAAGACGGUCAUGGUGCUUAAGGACGAGAUGGAUAACUUGACCCUACUCAGCGAUUACAGAUUUCUGGAAGAGAUCGACCACAGGCUAGAAGACAACCAGAGACACCCGCUGCGAAGAUACAUCGUUCCCAGACACACAAAGGGCAAGCCAGAGCUGCCCUUCUUCCUUAACAGUCUUAGAAAUGAAGCCGCAAAAAGAGGAACCACCUUGAGAUUUUUGCCGAAUCACUUCUCAAAACACAAAGAGAACACCACACGCUUCAUAGCAAAGGAGGGAAUCAUAAGAUGGCACAUCAAAUGGGUAUUCCACCAAGCAGACAUCACAUUCACCAACACGCAAGUCGAUGAGAACACGCCCAUCAUAAACCUCCUGGCCCGCUACAUGGAGCCGAGUGAUGACCUCACCCCAGACGAGGCCGAGAAGCUAGCCUACUACCACUCUGCCUCCUACAGCAGGGUUGCCGUCUUGAUGCAGGGGGAGAGAGAGGGCUCAAAGACGGCAUUCUGGGAGGCUGUGCCAUCAAAGAGCAUCCGUCAAAACCUGGCCGGCUGCAAGGUGGUCGAAUACCCAACAUUCUACGUGAUCCUGCGAGACCACAUGCAAGCUUACCUGGACUAUGAGGUGGAUGGUCACGAUGAUCUAUUUGGAGACGACGAGGCGAAGGAGGAGGAGGAGGAGGAGAAAAAAGAGGAGGGUUUGUUCUUCUUCGAGGCCAGUGGUAACUACGACGAGGCUGAUUGACUGUGAUACCUGUAGUGGAGUUUAUUAAUUCUGUUUUGUUUUUAUUUUUAUCAAUUGUUAUAGUGAUAAUAUUAAAGGAAAAUAAAACCUUGAAGUAAUUACCAGAGUAUUUUUUUUGUUUUUUGUUUUUUUUUUUUUCCCAAUUUUUCUCUUAAAGUGACAGCAAAUUCUACAUAUAAUAUAUCUAAUAUAACAUAUAUAUUUCAAGUAAAUACCAUAUUAAGUGAAAAUCUGGUAAGACUAUAUAUUAUGUAGACAAGUUAAUUUACAAAUAUACUAUCAAGUGUGUUAUAAUGCAGUCAAUAAUCAAUUUUGUUCAUUAGAUCAGAUUGACAUACAAUAUUUCAACUUUAUAUUCAUAAAAAGUAACAUUAUGUAAUUUUACAAACAGAAUAUUUAAAACUGAAUUUUUUUUUUUAACAUUUGGAUCAAAUGCAAUCUAAGAUCAUAAGUGUUUUACCAAAAAAAUUUCUUCACUCUUGAAAAAUUAUAAGUAAGGUUUAAUAGCAAAUGAGAAUUUUUGACACAGGAAACUGAUAUGUUACAUCACAGUUUGUUAACUAAUAUAAAAGUAAAGUUAGUGAAUGGGUAAAAUUUCCACAAAUAUGGAGGAAUAAAAUAAUAUGUUCCAAUAAACAAUAUUUUAUAACUGAAAAUACACAAAAAAGAAGAUGAAUCAUAUAUUAUGUUGUUCAAUAGAACUUCCCAAAUCACAGUAUUGAAACAGCUCCAGCAAGGCAUAUGUUAGGGUUUUAUUUUACUACUUUUCAAAGCUAUGUGUUAUUACUUUUGUCAGCAGUAAAAAGAUUAUUAUAUUUAGUUAUCAGUAUUGUAAUCUAUAUGAUAUAUUUCCUUUUAUGACCUGUUUUCUCAUAAGGAUAGGCCAAAACAUGAGAAUAAUUUGACCAGAAGAAAUGAAACUAAAAAAUUAAGAGAAAAAAUGCAUCUGAUUCUUUUUAAAGAGCUUUUAAGAAAUUGUUGUGUUAGGUGUAGAAAUUUAUUUACAUCUGAAUAAUUAUUCAGGUACUACUAAUGGAGUAAAUAUUAACUUUUUGGUAACCAAACUGCUGAGAUAUCAUAAGUUCAACAUUAUUUAAAUUUUUCUGUAAUAUACAAAAUGCAUCAUGUCGAUAUCAUUAAGUUAAUAUUAUGUCAAGCUGUUCUUUAACUUAUAAAAAAUAUCAUGCAGAUACUUCAAAAUGUAAAAAAAAAAAAAAA